AUGAUAUCUGUUGUUAUACUCAUGCGGGGUCUCUCUUCUGCAGCAGCAACAGCAGCAACAGCAGCAGCAGCAGCAGGAGAUGCAGCAGUAGCAGGAGAUGCAGCAGCAGGAGAUGCAGCAGCAGCAGGAGAUGCAGCAGCAGCAGCAGGAGAUGCAGCAGCAGCAGCAGCAGGAGAUGCAGCAGCAGCAGCAGCAGGAGAUGCAGCAGGGAAUGCAGCAGGAAAUGCAGCAGAUAGAAACAUACCAGAGAAGCAGCAACAUGGCUACCCUGCUGGUACCCAACCGAAGUCAAAGCAGCAGCAGCAGCAGCAGCAGCAGCAGCAACAGCAGCAGCAGCAGCAGUAG